CAGGAAAAAAGAAAGAAAAGGCAAGAAACUGAGAGAGGGAAAGGGAAAGAAAAGGAAAAGAAAGUGAAAGAAAAGGAGAAGAAAGGAACAAAAGAGAAAAAGAAAAGGGGGAGGAAAGAGGGAAGACAAAGGAAUCGAUAGUCGGCGCCCCAUGUUUCCGCCGACCAAUCUUCACGUCAUUAUCUCUUUCACCUCCACUCUCUCUCUCUCUAAAAAAACCAAAAUUUUCUCUCUCUAGAGACUUUCUUAUAAAACCCUAACCCUUCUUUUUCCCUCUGGUUUUUCCCCUUUUUCCCUAGUUUUUCAUUUCAAUCCUUUAAUUUGUUUUAUUUUUUGGGUUAGGUUCCUUCCGUAAUAUUUUUUAACUCAUCGGAAGUUGCCCGAGUUUUUAUAUGAUCUAGGGAUUUAGUUCUGUUUCGUUUUGUUAAGUUUUUUUCGGUUUUAAUUUGAUUUUUUUUUGGUUAUUUAAUUUUUAUAAAGAAAUUAUGAGGGGUGGAAGCGGCGUUGCGGAGCAAUCUGUGAUUGUUGAGAGGGUGGAGGAUGCUGAUAAGGAGAAGAAGAAGAAACGCCGAUCUAAUCGUCGAUCCAAACAUAACUCAGUGAAUGAAGCACGUGUGGAAUCAUCGGAUAGCUUGAAAAAUGGAGACAAAACAAAAAGUUUGACACAACCUAUGAGUUGUCCUUCUUCAUCGAAACAACAAGGAUUGGAGACUGCUUUGAAUGAGCAGACUCCCGGUAGAGCAUCUGAUGUUGCUUUUAGUUCCAUGCCUACGAUGCAUAUAAAUGAACAAGUUGGCUCUGGUUGUGGUGAUGCUGAUGAUGAUGUUGGUGGAAGAACUUUUAGAAAGUCGUGUCCUGAACCAAUUUCCUCGGCAGGAUCAUCUAAAGUGUGCAUAGAUGGUUUUUUUCCUUUCCACCAGGUUGAGGGUUUUGCUCGAAAGAAGUUGUUCACUCCAUAUUGGCCUAUAGAGGCUGUAAACGAGGCAUUAGAGAAAGGGAAAGCUUUUAAAGCAUUGUUUCGUGUAAAUGCUCACAAUCGACUUGAGGCAUAUUGCAAAAUUGAUGGGGUACCUACAGAUGUUCUCAUCAGUGGAGUUUCUUCACAGAAUAGAGCUGUUGAGGGAGAUAUUGUGGUUAUUAAGGUUGAUCCUUUGGGAUUGUGGACAAAGAUGAAAGGGUCAACUGGGUCCUCAAACAAUUCUGCACAGGUAGAAGAUUGUAAUUUAGUCCAAGAAGUCGAUGGACUGGCUGGUAAUAGCUACAAGGGUAAAGGUAAGGAAGAUGCAGAUUGUGAGUAUGCUCAUUGUAAAAGUGGAGUAAUCCUUGAGAAAGGUUUUUAUGAUGAGGCAGGAAUGACUAGGACGGCAGCAUUCAAUAAUGUUAAUGGGCAUUUCCAAUCUAGUUCAGAUUCAUCGCAUAUGGGUUUUUUUCCUGGGCAGAAUGAAGGUAUGAAUUCAGUGGAUAGGUUGGCUGCCAUGACUAGUCAAUUUUCCCUGAAACGACCAACUGGGAGGGUUGUAGCAAUUGUUGAGAAGUCUCCUCGACGAGAUGCUAUCGUUGGUUUUCUUAAUGUUAAGCAGUGGUUUUCUUAUCAAGAACUUUAUAGAAAAGAUGCAAAGAAAAAUUCGGCAAAUUUUGACCAUGAGUAUGUUACAUUGACCCCAACUGAUCCAAGAUUUCCCAAAAUGAUUGUUUAUGUGAGGGGCUUACCUGACUGCAUAAAGAAAAGGUUGGAAGAUGGUGAUGAAACAAUUGAGAUGGAGUUGGUAGCUGCUCAAAUUGAAGAUUGGAGUGCAGAAAGUCCUUUUCCACAAGCUAGUGUCUCUCAUUCUUUUGGACGGGGUGGUGAGCUGGAACCACAGAUCAGUGCGAUCUUAUAUCAAAAUGCAAUCCCGUGUACUGAUUUUCCUCCUCAAGUGCUUUCUCGUCUUCCAAAUAUCCCUUGGGAAAUCCCAAUGGAGGAAUUUCAAAGUAGAAAAGACCUUAGAGACUUGUGUGUGUUUACUAUUGACCCAUCCACUGCAUCUGAUCUUGAUGAUGCUUUAUCUGUUGAAAGGUUAUCAAAUGGCUCUUUAAGAGUUGGUGUACACAUUGCAGAUGUGUCAUACUUUGUGCUGCCAAACACUGCCUUAGACAAGGAAGCUCAGAUUCGAUCAACCAGUGUGUACAUGUUGCAGAGGAAGAUACAAAUGUUGCCAUCAUUGCUUUCAGAAAAGCUGUGUUCGCUUAAUCCUGGAGUAGAUAGGCUUGCAUUUUCUAUAUUCUGGGACUUAAACAGCAUGGGGGAUGUUUUGGAUCGUUGGAUUGGCCGUACAGUUAUAAGGUCUUGUUGUAAGCUUUCAUAUCAGCAUGCUCAAGACAUAAUUGAAGGGACAAUUGAUGUGGAGAAAUUUAAUACUUUAGAAGGUUAUCCCCGGUUGUAUGGCCAAUUUGAAUGGACUGAUGUUGUUAGAUCUGUUAAAUGUCUUCAUGAAAUUUCAAAAACUUUGAGGGGGAAAAGAUUUAAUGAUGGUGCUCUACAGCUUGAAAGCUCCAAAGUUGUUUACUUAUUUGAUGAAUGUGGAGUUCCAUAUGAUAGCAGGCUAAGUGAGAGGAUGGAUUCAAAUUUUCUCAUUGAAGAGUUCAUGCUUUUGGCAAAUAUGACAGCUGCAGAAGUAAUAUCGAGAGCUUUUCCAGAUAGUGCAUUAUUGCGGAGGCAUCCUGAACCUAAUAUGAGAAAGCUCAAAGAGUUUGAAGCUUUUUGUCGCAAAAAUGGUCUAGCAUUAGAUACUUCCUCUUCUGGCCAGUUUCGUCAAUCCUUGGAGAAAAUAAGGGAAAAACUGAGGGAUGAUUCUGUUCUUUUCGAUAUUCUCAUCUCAUAUGCUUCAAAACCGAUGCAAUUGGCUACUUACUUCUGCAGUGGUGAGUUAAAAGAUAAUUUGAAUGAUUGGAGUCACUAUGCGUUGGCUGUUCCUCUCUAUACACAUUUUACUUCACCGCUACGUCGGUAUCCAGACAUUGUGGUACAUCGGACAUUGGCUGCUGUAAUUGAAGCUGAGGAGUUGUAUCUAAAGCAUAGAGGAUUGCUUAAAGGCAACAAUGGUGAGGAAGUGUCAAGAAGUUGUUUCACUGGAAUUUUUUUUGACAAGGAAGCUGCAGCCUCUCCACAAGGGAAAGAAGCAUUAUCAAUUGCUGCAUUGAAUCAUGGAAUUCCUUCCCCUGAACUCCUUGCUGAUGUUGCUGCAUAUAGCAAUGAAAGAAAGCUGGCCAGUAGGCAUGCUGAGGAUGCCUGUGAGAAACUCUCUAUGUGGGUUUUGCUGAAGAAAAAAGAGAUUUUUUUGUCUGAUGCUAGAGUAUUGGGACUGGGGCCAAGAUUUAUGUCUGUUUAUAUCCAGAAGCUGGCUAUUGAGCGAAGAAUAUACUAUGAUGAAGUUGAAGGGUUAAAUGUAGAAUGGCUCGAGUCUACCUCAACGUUGGUGCUUAAUUUAUCUGGUCACAGACGCGUGUUCAAGAGAGGUGGCCUACAGCAUUACAUGGCUUUAGGAAAUGUUGCAUGGGUUGUGAAUCCUUACGAUCUAAGUGUGGAAACAGGGAGUGUUGAUGACUGUGAUGCAACAUGCAUGGGGAAUAAUGGGGUGGCAUUCCCGGAUUCAGAGCCAAUCUCAAAAUCUUGGGUUGAUCCUGGAACUUUUCCUCUAACGGUGCAUCUGCUUUCAACGAUUCCUGUGGCAUUAAAUGCAAUUGGUGGUGAUGAUGGACCCCUUGAGAUUGGAGUGCGCUUAUACAUGAGUUCAUAUUUGAAGUAACUCAUGUUGUGGAGAAGGCUGUGAGGUAUUGCGACUGAAUUGAAUGACCUCAGGGAGACAUAGAUAACAGAGCUUUGUAUGGAAUGAGCAGGUUCUGUUGUAGAUAAGAACUUAGUGUAUAGUUACUAUAGAGGUUAUGAAAAGGGGAAAAAAAAAAGAAAAGAAAACCCAUGGUUUAGAAUUACCGGGUCUUGAUUAUAUGCUUGAUGUGUUGACACUGGGACAUGUGUUGGGAGGUGUAGAUAACGGUGGGGUUCUGGUGGUUGUUUUUCCCUUUUGGUGGCUGUUUUUAACAAAAGCUGCUCUCUUUGGAAUUGGCCCUUGUUUUUAUCGGCGAGUUCCAUCUGAUAUCUCGGUAGUAUCUUUAUAUUGUUCGACACUGAGCAUUGACACUGGGCUUAGGAGUCGAUUCUAUGUUGUCUUCCUUCGAUCUUAUCGGACUGCAGCCCAAGAGUUUUUUGAGUUUGGGUGGCUAAAUUUAGUUGUUUCAGAUUCGUUUUUUUGUUUUUUUUUUUUUCGUUUUACUUUGAGACAGUUGUAUUCAGUAUGUUACACACUCUAUUUUAGAUUUGCGUUGAAUGACGCGGUGUCUCUCUCCUGGAGGCGAAAUAAAGUGCUCAUCUAGUUUUUUA